AUGGCGGCCCUGGCGGCACAGACCUACCCGGCACCGGCACCAGUGACCCUCAAGGAUGUGGUUGUGACCUUCACCCGACAGGAGUGGAAAUUACUGGACCCGACUCAGAGAACCCUGUACCAGGAGGUGGUGCAGGAGACCUCCGGGCUCCUGGCCUCACUGGGAAAGAAUUCCUACAAAUGCAAGGAAUGUGGGAAAGGGUUUGUCAAGAAUCGCUUUCUUCUUCGACAUCAGCGGAUUCACACUAGAGUAAAACUCUAUAAAUGCAGAAAAUGUAGCAAGACAUUUCUCAAGAAAGCAGACCUCACUCUACACUACAGCAUUCACACUAGGGAGAAACUCUACGAGUGCAGUGAGUGUGGGAGAGCCUUCAGCCGCAAGUCUCACCUCACAGAGCACCAGCGGAUUCACACUGGAGAGAAGCCUUUCGUGUGCGCUGAGUGUGGCAAAGCCUUCAGCCGCAGGUCACACCUCACGGGGCACCAGCGGAGUCACACUGGAGAGAAGCCGUAUGUGUGCAGUGAGUGUGGAAAGGCCUUCGCCCACCACUCUGACUUCAUUCGGCAUAAUAGAACCCACACUGGGGAGAAACCGUUUGAGUGCAAAGAGUGUGGGAAAGCCUUUAGUGACAGCUUUUCUGUAACUCGCCACAUGAGAUGUCACUCUAGGGAGAAGCCCUAUGAGUGCAGUGAGUGUGGAAAAACCUACAGCUACAGCUCAACCCUCACCACCCAUCAAAAGAUUCAUAGUGGAGUGAAAUCCUACACAUGUCUGAGAUGUGGCAAAGCCUUUUACAAGAAGGCUGGGCUCAAUCAGCAUCAGAGAACUCAUAUCGGGAAGACUUCUUUAAAGUAA